UAGGAGCGGCUCAUUCCUUAGAAGUGAGAUGAUCCAUGUAGCCGGAAGACAGGCUGACAGGUACAUUUGCACUGGUUGAUGGGACCGUGACACUUAUUCAUACACGGAGCAGCCCUCAGUAGUUUCUGUGUUUUAAUGAUCAGCAACAACAUUACGUUAAUGAGCGAUUUACACAGACAACAAAUGUCAAGAGAAGACAAGGAAGAGCAGGAGGAUGAACUGCUAGCACUCACUAGUAUAUACACAGAAGAUGAAUUCAAGAGAUCGGAGACUGCGCCAGGAGGGGAAAUUUGUGUUUGUCUGGAUCUUCCGCCAAACUUUAACGUGGCCAUAAAAGGUGACAGUGCAUCUAAUGAAUUCAUGGGAAGCUUUGAGGGUAUUAUCUCUUUCCUACCUCUUAUCAUACUGAACUUUGAGCUGCCUCCAGGAUACCCAUCCACUAAACCUCCAGCCUUCAAGCUUAGCUGCAAGUGGCUUUCUCCAAGCCAGCUUGCCCAGCUGUGUCAGCGAUUGGAUGAGCUAUGGGAGGAAUAUGCAGGAGGUGUUGUUUUAUUUGCUUGGAUGCAGUUUCUUAAGGAGAAGACUCUGGAGUACUUGAACAUUAACUCACCGUAUGAAAUACCAGUUUGUGGGUUUGGAUCUCAGAGUAUAAAGAACUCUGAGAUAUCUGAUACCUGUAGUGCCACAGGCCCAUCACAAGCAGAGAUUUGGGAAAAUAGGGCUAUCCAGGAUGUGGAAUCUGUCUCUGCCCUUAUUGAGUGCAUCUUGGACUUUAAUGAGGCUCAGCAGAAGAAGUGCUUUGAUAGUAAAUCAUAUAUGUGCAACAUUUGCUUCUCAGAAAAGCUGGGCAGCGAGUGCACUAAUUUUAAGAAUUGUGAGCAUGUCUAUUGCAACGAAUGCCUUAAGGAUUAUUUUACAGUUCAGAUACAGGAUGGGCAGGUCCAGGCUCUUAACUGUCCUGAACAAAAGUGUCCUUCUGUUGCUACACCUGCACAGGUGAAGGUGCUGGUUGGGGAAGAAUUGUUCAGCCGCUAUGACCGUCUUCUACUGCAGUCCAGUCUGGAUUUGAUGGCAGAUGUGUUGUACUGUCCACGUCUCAGCUGCCAAACUCCAGUCAUGCUGGAGCCUGGGGGCAAAAUGGGUAUUUGUUCCAGCUGCAAGUACGCUUUCUGUACCCUCUGCAAACUGGCCUACCAUGCAGUCGCAUAUUGUAAUAUAACACCAGAAAAGCUUCUCUUAGUGCGUGAAGAAUACGUGGAGGCAGAUGAGGCUGGCAAGAGGUUGCUGGAGAGACGCUAUGGCAAGAAUUUGAUAAUACAAGCAGUGGAGCUGAAAUCUACUGAAUGGGUGGAGACGAAUACCAAGCGUUGCCCAAGCUGUGGAGUCAACAUUGAGAAAUCUAGUGGCUGCUUCAUGAUGCUUUGUACAAAAUGUCGUCGAUACUUUUGUUGGGGUUGCUUGGCUGUCCUGUCCAGUAAAGUUCUAUACAAUCAUUAUUGUGACCCUUCCUCCAGCUAAUUCAAUCGAUUGUAAUAUGGUGCUGAUGUGGCCAUUGCAUGAAGACUGGCGAGCAGUAGGAAGUCUUGGAAUAAAUAUCCAGAAAUGGCACUGUUAUUGGCACCUUUCCUUAAAGAGGGUCUAUAUUGUAUGUAUUUUCCAGUAGACUUAAGUGUUAGUUAAUUGUAUAUGAUUGGUAAGAUUUUCUUCUGAUUUAUAGAAUACUCUGCCUCAUUCCUCAGUGUCAGCUUGGUAGAAAAUACAUGGCAGAUAAACCAUGUUCCUGUUAUCUCAGAACGUAAAUGACGGUCCUUCUACAAAAUGAAAUGUAUUGUUGAUGCAACGCAGUGUAAUGCCUGGAAACACCUUAAUUAUGAAGAUCACAAGUGAACUUGAUAAAGGGGGAUAUCCCAAAACAUGUUUGACCUUCACCGAUAACGUGCCUGAAAGCAUUAGGCUAGUGCCAGACCAAGCGGAGCUCAGCCUGCGGAGAAACGUAGGCCAAGAAUCUGCUUCUCCACUCUUCCUUUGCUUCUGCUUUGCCUACCCCUGGAAACAUUGCCUCCGCUCGGUUGCAGGCAGACGUGGUGGAUUUUGGCUUGAAAUGCUAAAUCUUGAGACAAUGCUUCCGGGUGCAGGUGCAUCGAUCAGGACAGCAGCAGCUGGUCUGCAUUUCUCUGCAAGCCGAGAUCUGCCUAGUUUGGCCUUAGACCAUAUUGCAUCAAUAGUUCUGCAAAACAUUUCACUUUUGUGUCAUUGGACAUUGACAGGGAGUGUGGGACAGCUGUGGAGAAGAAUAUCUGUAACAUUCCACACUUUGUAUUAUUUAUUAGCACUUCUUUUCCUGAAAGUCAGAUACAAUAUAGCUAAUUUCAAAGUACUUUUUGUACUUUUAUGGAAAGCAGAUGCAAGUUAAUUAACCCUCGAUAUUCGAUUAGGAAU